AUGCGGCUGCUGGCGGCGGCGCUGGCCCUGGCCCUGCUCCUCAGCAAUGGGGCACCAGGGGGUGGGCUGUCUCUGGAGAGCCUGCUGACCAACAUGAGGUGCAAGUGCAUCAAAGCCACCCCCCGGGUCAUCAAUUUGGGGCUGAUCCUGGCCAUCGACGUGACGCCGCCGGGGAUCCACUGCCGCAGGAAGGAGAUCGUCCUGACCCUGAAGAGGAACAAGAAGGUGUGCGUGGCCCCCGAGGCGCCCUGGAUCCAGCUGCUGAUCUACAAGCUGGCGCAGAG